AUGCCGGAGUAUGGAGCUCUCGGGCUGCCAGCAUGUGUCUUCUCCAGCGGUUAUUGUGGUAUUCACAUGCCAAUCAUCACAGACUGUCACUCUACUCAUCGCAUUCCACCCGUAUACAUGCAGACGAAGUACGUCCUGGGAACGAACCGGGGCCCCUUGACAGAGUCCGAUGAGGAAAAACAGGCUGCCUCUGCACCUGCAGGAGAUGCCCUCACGGCGCCAGGAAAGAAACAAAAGUUUCGCCGUCAUUGGGCGCGGUUCUGGUGCUGUUAUCUUGUAGGAGCAAUUGUCUUCCUGGCCAUUUUCCUCCCGAUCUUCUUCACCGUCAUCUUCCAAGCCAUCUGCCAGAAUGUCAUCGACCAUGCGACGCUGCUCGUGGUUGACGCUCGCAUCAUGCAACCCAAGCCCGAUUCAGUCGUGCUCACGCUGCAAACCGCACUCGACCUGCCCAUCAGUCUUCCGGUGCGUCUCGAUUCGAAUGUACUGAAUCUGUUCAACCGCGGCCAGCCCGGCAACUCCACCUAUCUCAAGGUCUACAACAAGGGAGAGGUCAUCCACGGGAAUACCAGCAUGGGCGUCCAGGAACAGUUCACCCCUCUCAACCUGGAUCCGUGGAAGCAGUACCUCCACAGUGUGAUGUUUGAGCCGCAUGCGCCGCUGUCGGCGUUUGGUGAGACAAACGUGCAUGUUGGCAAAUUGUCGUCGCAUAUCAAAGUCGACAAAGACGUUCCGCAGAAUACGCUGAACUCUUUCUCCGGCUUUUCUAUCGACGAACCCCAGCUGAUCCUGCCGCCGAGGGACGAUGGCAUCAAUCUCGUUGCAACCGCGAUAUUGCCGAACCCAUCCGUCAUGACAAUAGAAAUCGGAACGAUAACGAUGGACCUGAAAAACGCUGACCUGACCGUCGGCAACGCAACCCUUGAAAACCUCACCCUGAAGCCAGGGAACAACUCCAUCUCCCUCCAGGGCACAGUCGACUUUUCCACCAUCCUCCAUAACAUCAAGUCCAUUCUGCAGUCGCAGGGCAAAAACAUCCGCCAGGGAUAUCUCACCCUCGACGCAAUCGGCCGAUCGGUGGUUUACAAUGGCACGGAGAUCCCGUAUUAUACGGAGAUCAUGCAGUCGCUGACGCUGCCUGCUAAGGUCCCGAUUAAUGAAUUGCUGGUUAAUUCGUUGCAUGGGAUACUCCAUGCGAACGAUACCAAGACUGCUGUAUGA